UCUCAAAAAUAAAUAAAUGUUAAAAAAAAUUAAAGAAAAAUUAGCCAUCUACAAAUGAUUAUUAAAGCAAUGUGCAUAAAUGAGUGAAGAGGCUUGGAUGGAGCCUUGAAUGCUUACUGACCAGGUUAGGGGAAGAUGAAUCUGCACAGAAGAUCCAGGAGGACUGUCCAGAGAGGGAGGAAAACCAGGAAACCUUACCUAGAAGACCAGUAUGCAAACAGGUUUUUUAAAAAGCUGCUCUGGUUGAAGUGGGGGCGAGGUAUCUGAACCCUGCUGAUUUCAUAUCCAUUUGGACCACAGUUUGAAACCCUCUGAAAAGUCAAAAUCAUCUUUUUAUGAUAAGGGAGACUCAACAGUUGAGAAGAAAAGAUGCUGGAACCACAGAAUGGCUUGAUUGACCUACCAGAUUAUGAGCAUGUGGAAGAUGAAACUUUUCCUCCUUUCCCACCUCCAGCGUCUCCACAGAGAGAAGAUGGUGAGGGAGCUGAACCUGAUGAAGAGUUAGGGAGAGGAGCACCUGUUCCUGUACCUCCAAAGAGAACAGUUAAACGGAAUAUACCCAGGCUGGAUGCUCAGAGAUUAAUUUCAGAGAGAGGGCUUCCGGCAUUACGGCAUGUGUUUGAUAAGGCAAAAUUCAAAGGUAAAGGCUAUGAGGCUGAAGACUUGAAAACGCUAAUCAGACACAUGGAGCAUUGGGCACAUAGGCUAUUCCCUAAACUGCAAUUUGAGGAUUUUAUUGACAGAGUUGAAUACCUGGGAAGUAAAAAGGAAGUUCAGACUUGUUUAAAACGAAUUCGACUUGACCUUCCUAUUUUACAUGAAGAUUUUAUUAAUAAUAAUGAUGAAGUAAGAGAAAAUAAUGUACAUGAUGUAACUGCUACCGAAUCAGAUCCCUUUUUGACAAGCUCAUUGGAAAGUGAGAAGUUUGCUUCUGAGUCAAGUAGAAGCCUCACAGAAGAAGAACAACAGAGAAUUGAGAGAAAUAAACAACUGGCCUUGGAAAGGAGGCAGGCAAAGCUGCUGAGUAAUAGUCAGUCCCUCGGAAAUGACUCAUUAGCGAGCAUACCCGGGGCAGAGACCAUUGAAGAGGUUAAUACAGGGGAAGAUCAAGAGGAGGAGUCAUCAAACAGAUUUGACAACGACAUUCUUGACAGUCCACACAAUGAUGCUGCUGCCAAUGCUGUAAAUGAAGAGGAGGAAUUAAAAAUAGAGAAAACACAACUGGACCAAUCCUUUUAAAAUGUAUAGUGGUAACUUUAUGCUUUAUCUGGGAAUGUCACUGAGGUUGGACAGCCCUCAACUAAGAGAAAAGCUGUUAACUUGCUAUCCUCUAAGUUUUAGAUUACUAUGUAUUUUGUCUACUUGGUGUGAAAAUCUUCAUGUAGUAAGACUUUCACAGAUUCCUGUUUAAAAUCUGGUAUUAUAAUUA